AUUGAGUGAAGUUAUAAGUGCAUUUAUAAUAAAUUUAAAUUUAUUUAAUUAAAUAAAUAAAGAGAAAGCCAUGACCAAUACGGACUUGAAGGCCCUUGAGCUUCUGUUCCAGCGACCUCUGGAACCGGCUUUCACCACCCGUGACUCGGGUAAAACUGUUCUGGAACUACCCGAUAGUUUCUAUACGGAUCGCUAUCGCAAUGACACCGAGGAGGUGGGCAAUCGGUUCUCCAAGGACGUGGAUCUAAAAAUCCCCAUCCAGGAGUUAAGCAACGUUCCCAAUCUUGACUUCACCAAGAAGGUUGGAUUGAAGGAUCAGUUCUCCCUGUUUAACAAUCGGCAUCGGGAUAUCGCCAGCGAACUGAUCACCAUUUUUAUGGGUGCUCCCAAUCUCAGGCAAUUUGUGUCCCUCUCCGUUUACACCAAGGAUCGUGUAAAUCCUGUGCUGUUCCAGUACGCCUAUGCUGUGGCCAUUGCCCAUCGUCCUGAUACCCGUGAAGUGCCCAUCACCAACAUCUCCCAGGUUUUCCCCAGCAACUUUGUUGAGCCAUCCGCCUUCCGGGAUGCCCGUCAGGAGGCCUCUACAAUUGGAGAGACCGGUGCACGAGUCCAUAUCGACAUUCCCCGCAAUUACACAGCCUCAGAUCGCGAGGAUGAGCAACGUCUGGCAUAUUUCCGGGAGGAUAUUGGAGUGAACAGCCACCACUGGCACUGGCACUUGGUCUACCCCACCACCGGACCCCGAGAGGUGGUCAACAAGGAUCGUCGUGGCGAGCUCUUCUACUUCAUGCACCACCAGAUCCUGGCCCGCUAUAAUGUGGAGCGCUUCUGCAACAACCUGAAGAGGGUGCAGCCAUUGAACAACCUGCGCACCGAGAUCCCCGAGGGUUACUUCCCCAAGAUUUUGUCCAGCCUGAAUAACCGCACCUAUCCUGCCCGAGUGACCAACCAACUGCUGAACGAUGUGAACCGCGAUGAUGCGACUAUCGAGAUCUCUGAUGUGGAGCGCUGGAGGGAUCGCGUGCUGGCUGCCAUUGAUCAGGGAUAUGUCGAAGAUCCCUCUGGCAAUCGCACGCCAUUGGACAUCGAUAUCCUGGGCAACAUGAUAGAAGCUAGCCCAGUCUUAUCCGUUAACUAUAAUUUCUACGGCAAUCUGCACAACGAGGGACACAACAUAAUCUCCUAUGCCCACGAUCCGGAUCAGCGGCACUUGGAAUCCUUUGGAGUGAUGGGCGAUGUGACCACGGCCAUGAGGGAUCCCAUUUUCUACAGGUGGCAUGGAUUCAUCGACACGGUGUUCAACAAGUUCAAGACCCGCCUGGACCCCUACAAUGCUGCUGAGCUGGACUUCGAUGGUGUUACCGUUGAUUAUGUCGAGGCCAAGAUUGGCGUGGGUUCGGCCAAGCCCAACACCCUAUUGACCUACUGGCAGAAGUCGAGUGCCGAUUUGGCAGCUGGUCUGGACUUUGGACCCUCGGCCGAUGGCAAUAUUUUUGCCUCGUUCACGCAUCUGCAGAAUGCCCCCUUCACCUACACAUUCAAUGUGACCAAUAAUGGAGCCAAACGGACGGGAACUUGCCGCAUCUUCAUUUGCCCCAAGGUGGAUGAGCGCAAUAUGCCAUUACGUCUGGAGGAGCAGCGACAGAUGGCCAUUGAAAUGGACAAGUUCACGGUUGAAUUGGUGCCUGGUGUGAACACCAUCCGCCGCCAGUCGACGGAGUCCUCGGUGGCCAUUCCCUUCGAGCGCUCGUUCCGGCCGAUUGGAGCGGACUAUCAGCCCAAGGCCGCCGAUGAGUUGGCCCGGUUCCGUUUCUGCGGCUGUGGGUGGCCACAGCACCUCCUGCUGCCCAAGGGCAACGCCCAGGGCAUGCUCUUCGAUCUGUUCGUCAUGAUAUCCGACUACUCGCAGGAUGCCGUUCAGCAGCCCAACACAGCCAACGAUGCCUGCAGCACGGCUUACUCGUUCUGUGGUCUGAAGGACAAACUGUAUCCGGACAGACGCACCAUGGGCUAUCCCUUCGACAGGCGACUGCCCAAUGCCAAUCUCACGGAACUGGUGGGCGCCUUCGGCAACAUGGCCAAGACCGAUUUGAGGAUUGUCUUUAACGAUCGCGUGGUUGACAAGGUCUAGGUGGUAGAUAAUAUCACUCAAAGCUGGCUUUAAGGAUCAAAGGAAAAGGACUUCAAAAGGAAUAACUCUUGGAACUUGGAACUCUUUUACUAUAUUAUAUUUACUUAUACAUUAACUAGUGCGUCUCGAUUUGGUGUUUCAUCGUUUUAGGGUAUAUUUUAUAAAAAUAAAUAUAUAUUAUUUGCAAGCAUAA